CCCCGCUCCCGGCGCCCUCGUCUUGGCGGGGUGUGGAGCUGUCACAGCGUCUCGGGGCCCAGUGGCGGCGGCCCUGGGGAGGGGCGCGGUCGGUCCACGGCGGCCCUCCGCGGCCUUGGCAGCGGGGUUAGGCCGCCGCUCUCGGGGUCUGGCGCGGGCCAUCGGCGCGGGCUAACGGGAACCGCGAGUCCCGCACUAAAUUGGAGCCUACUCGGCGCUGGAGGCAUCGGCGGGAAAUGGCUGACGAGGCGUUGUUUUUGCUUCUCCAUAACGAGAUGGUGUCCGGAGUGUACAAGUCCGCCGAGCAGGGAGAAGUGGAAAAUGGACGAUGUAUCACUAAGCUGGAAAACAUGGGGUUUCGAGUGGGACAAGGACUGAUAGAAAGGUUUACGAAAGAUACUGCAAGGUUCAAGGAUGAAUUAGACAUCAUGAAGUUCAUAUGUAAAGAUUUUUGGACUACAGUAUUCAAGAAACAAAUUGAUAAUCUAAGGACAAAUCAUCAGGGGAUAUAUGUGCUUCAGGACAACAAAUUUCGACUGCUUACUCAGCUAUCUGCGGGAAAACAGUAUUUAGAACAUGCAUCAAAGUAUCUAGCAUUUACAUGUGGCUUAAUCAGAGGUGGCUUGUCAAACUUGGGAAUAAAAAGUAUUGUAACAGCUGAAGUAUCUUCAAUGCCUGCCUGCAAAUUCCAGGUGAUGAUACAGAAGCUGUAGAGUGCAGUGACACACGGGCGAGGCCGCUCCUGUGCCAAGUACUACAAGUGCUGAUCUCCGCUCACCGUUGCGGUCUGUGCUGGAGCAGAGGGCUUACCUCACCAGAUUCACAUAGACCAAAUCGAAGGCUAUCGAUAAGGUCCUUCCACCAUGACGUAAACUAGCUGAACUGUUUGACUGAUGUCAGUGAACUCGACACCAAGAUGUACAGCUCUUUAUUUUAAACAUCUUUAUUUCCUAGUGUGAUAUGUAUUUAACCAUAGAUUGAGAAGUGAAACUCAGGGUGUGUUGAAUUGCUGUAUAAAAAAAUAUGCACCAAUCAGAAUAGUUUCUAUUCAAAUGACCAAAAUUUGUUAAAGUAUAAAUGUGUUUUAGUUAUUUAAAAAAAAACAAACCACUAUGCUAAAUUAAGCUUAAUUUUUAUUGUAUUGUUUAUAAUUUAUUUCUCUCGAGAAUUUGUAUGCUUAUAUAAGGAUUUCAUUUAUACAUUGUAUGUUUAUAUGUAUAUAUAAAUACAUAUGUUACUGUCUAAAUUGUUUGAAGACUUAAUUUUACUUUUAAUAAAUUUCAGUCUUUGAGCCCUCCACCGAUUAA